UCGAAGUCAGUGCUUCAUCUGACGAGGUGCUAUCAACAUCUGCCUGAAAGUUCGCUUCACAGGAAUGGACGCUGUAUCUGUACUGCUAGCUGUCGGGGCCGUGGUGAUAGCCAUCUACUACUACAUCUACAGAGGCUUCAACUAUUUUAAGAAACAUGGCAUCGAUCAUGUCAAGCCGACGCCAAUCUUCGGUAACAUCGGAGAAUUCGUUUUACGAAAGAAGCCACUGGCGGACUUAAUAAAAAGAACCUACUAUCUUAACCCUGAAGCCAAGUACGUCGGCUUCUACGAGUUCAGCACGCCCAUCAUCGUGCUGCGUGAUGUGGACCUAAUCAAGAGAGUCGCGAUCAAGAACAUGGAAUCGUUCGGGGAACAUCGACCUUUCAUAUCGUUGGAAGUGGAAUCUAUAUUUCGGGAUAUGCUGUUCGUCUUGGGAGGCAACGAGUGGAAGGACGUAAGGAACAAACUGACGCCUGUCUUCACGUCGAGCAAGAUCAAGGGUAUGUUCGUGCUGAUGACAGAGAUUGCGUCGCGUUUCGCGGACUAUCUGACCAAGCUACCGGAAAAAGAGCGACGCGAGCUAGAGAUGAAGACCCUGUUAACGAAAUACACGAACGACGUGAUCGCCAGAUGCGCCUUCGGCAUUAACGUCGACUCCAUCAAAGACCCCAACAACGCAUUCUACGAGCAUGGUAAUAAGGCGACGAACUUCAACACAUUUCUUUCGAUAACUAAGGUCGUUCUGCAGAGAAACAUGACUACGCUCGCAAAAUUGUUGAAUGCCCGAAUUGUCCCAAAGGACAGCGAGGAAUUCUUCAUGAACGCAAUUAAGGACAACAUGAAGUACAGGGAGGAGAACGGUAUCCAUCAGCAGGACAUAUUUCAGCAUCUGCUGGACGUCCAGAAGAACAACAAAACCGGGAUGCCGUUCAGCACCAAAAGCAUGAUCAACAACGCCUUCAGCUUCUACUUCGGCGGAUACGAUAGCGUCGCGAGUCAGGCCAGUCUGAUUAUGUAUAAUUUGCUAGCGAACCCUGACUGUCUGACGAUAUUGCAGCAGGAGAUCGAUAAGGUUCUUGAGGACACGAAGGGGCAGGUAACUUACGAGGCCAUAUCAGGUAUGGAGUACAUGGACGCGGUGGUGAACGAGACGAUGAGGCUUUUCCCGAUAGCUAUUUUCGUGGACAGGAUAUGCACGAACGAUUACGAAUUGCCGCCACCUGUGCCCGGUGGCAAACCGUUCACUAUCAAGAAGGGAACGAACUUGUGGAUCCCGAGUCACGCGAUUCAGACCGAUCCCAAGUACUACGACAAUCCUGAUAAAUUCGAGCCGGACCGAUUUAUCCACGAUGGUAAAAGGAUCCUGGGCUCGGGGACGUACAUGCCGUUCGGUGUGGGGCCGAGGAUGUGCAUCGGUAAUAGAUUCGCUCUGGCAGGAAUAAAGGUGUGGAUUUUCUACAUACUGGCUCGCUGCGACCUGAAGAAUUGUCCGAAAACCCAGAUACCGUUGAAAAUGUCUGUGAACAUAAUGGGCAAUGCGGCGCAAGAUGGAUACUGGAUGAGUGUUCAGCCCCGAAAGAAUCGUAAUCAAUACGCUGAUAAUCUGAUACCUAAUGAUACGGGUAACGCAGAAUAAGCUGGCGUUUUUGCCGCUGCGUCUGUCGUUUUUGAUAGCCUGUCGAUAUUUUAUCACAAAGCAAAUGAUCGUACUGUAAAGAAUGUGUAGCUUCUGUCAGCAAGAAAAUCGCCCGUUCUAUGUAAUGCGAAUGUGGUAUGUAAAUGACUGUGUGAGAUUUCAAAACGUUUGUUUCGUGGAAAUACCGGAUGCAGUUUUCCUUGCUCCAUACGUUGUCUGAGUCUUGCGUUUCGCCAAUACUUGUUUACCUUUCGUUUAAUUUUCGGUCGGGUACAUCGUUGCACUCCUCCUCCAUUUAUCAGGAUAUCGAAAUUGUAUUCUUUUGCACUUCUUCAUCAACAGACGAGAAUUUUUAGAAACUCAAUAAAAUGAUCGGAAAGUUUAGUGCCAUUUUCAAAAGAAAGAAAUAAAAAUAUGUGACAACUAAUUUGUAAGAGUUGCAGGAGAAAUUGGAAACAAAAGUAUUGUGCGAUCGGACAAAGACUGCUAGUAUUUCCAUAAUCAAGCGUUUCUUAUUUACUGAGAUAUAUUACGUAGGCAAAGUGUCCAAACAAUGUUAGGAGUAGGCGUAAGUUUUCUUAUGGAAGUAAAUCUGUUUGAGUUGUAAACGUUUAAAAGUAUGAUUAAUGCUGUCCGAUGAAAGACAGUCGCAAAACAAUAGUAUCCAAGAAUGAAGUUAGUUUAAAUAAAAUUUCCAUUUUCUAGUCAAGAAUUCAUUGUAAUCAAUUUCCUGUGCCGAUUCGGUGCCGAUUAUGUCGCAUAAAAAAUUGCAUAUAUUUACAACGAGUGUCCACUAAACUGCUCCGAGCACAUUUAUAUUUGGAGCAUGCAGGAAUACUGUUAAAAACUAGUUUUCGAAGACCUGUAUUGAUUUUCGCGUUACAGCAACUUUAUUUUGACUAGAUUUAUUGGUAACAGAGUACAGUGUUUGCCACAUAUUAUAAAAAAUUACUACGUUAAUCUUCGUAGAAGCCAAUAAGAGAAUUAUCCAUUAUUCAUGGAGAUCACACUGAACAAAAUUUAUAGUACUUAACUGAUAUACUCACACGUUUGUUGUCAUACAUCAUUGAACAAUUUUGUAAUUGUAACAUCAAUGCUCAACUCUUUCAUUUAGUCUGUUUGUGCAUAUUCUUUUUUUAACAUUUACAUUCAAUGUAAACAAAUGAAUGUAUUGGAAAUACGUUAAUUCGAAAUUGUUUUAGAAAAAGCAUUAACCUAUUAUUCUCAUAAUCGAAUAUUAGAUAUAAUAAUAAAGUUUUUUGUAUUUAUCAUGA